AUGCUGAAGGUCAAGUCCAUCGCGGGACACAACUUUGUCCCGGAUGUGAAAGACUUCAUGCUGGAAGUGCUUUGGGAAGGUUUUGAAGAUAUCGAGUCCUCAUGGGAACCGCUGCACAAGCUCGUGCAUGAAUGCCCGGCCAUGGUGAAGAACUACGUUGAAGUCAAGAAGACAGCGAGCGAAGGCGAAGAAUUAGCGAGGCCCAAGUGGUCCUCAACCGAGGCCACCGGGUGCCGACCCUUGGCGAACCGACACGAAAAGGCGUAG